UAAUCUUUAUAAACCAGGAAGAAGUAGCCUACUCGGAUAUUAAUGCUACACGAACGUAGAAACGGUGUGAUUUUAUCUCCAGGACCAGUAAAAGGAAACCAUUGAAAACUAGCCUAUCACAUAUGUCAAGGAGCCAAAAUGGUGAACUGCUGUGGAUUGGUAACUGUCAAGAAUGAACCAGUGCCUCUGAAGAGUAUUGUUGUGGAAGUGAGUGUGCAGGGGCAUGUGGCCACUGUGAGCUCCACUCUGCAGUAUGAGAACCAGGAGCAGAGCCCUCUGGAGGCCAUCUUUGUUUUCCCUCUGCCAGGAGAGGCUGCUGUCUGCAGGUUCAGUGCAAAGAUAGGACAGACUGAGGUGGUGGCUGAGGUUCAGGAGAAACAGAAGGCACAGGAGCAGUAUGAUGAUGCAUUGAGUUCGGGCCAGCAGGCCUUCCUAUUGGAGGAGAGUGAUGAGAGCCCGGACGUGUUCAAGCUAAGUGUGGGCAGUCUGCCUCCAGGGGAGAAGGCCUCUGUCAGCCUGGACUAUGUGACAGAGCUGGCUGUACAGGCUGACGACGGCCUGAGGCUCUGCCUGCCCGCCGUGCUCAACCCCCGUUACCAACCCCAGGGGUCAGACAGUGGUAGUGGUGGCAGUGCCCAGCUGUCCUCGGUGCCCGCUGGUUCUGUCCCCUACAGUCUGUCCCUCCGUGCCCAUGUGUCGUCCCCUCAUCCCAUCUCUAGAGUAGAGUCCAACUGUCCCCUGGACCCACUCAACUACCUCAACACAGAGAAAACCCAAGCCACGGUCAGUCUGGCUGCAGGUCAUCAGUUUGACCGGGAUGUUGAGCUGUUGUUGUAUUACAAAGAUACCCAUCAGCCUACUGCUAUAGUAGAGGCAGCACAGGCUUCGGCCAAGCCAGGCUCUCUGAUGGGUGACCCAGUGGUCAUGCUGAGCUUGUACCCAGAGUUCCCUAAGGAUGUGAUGUCAUCUAUGACCUCACACGGGGAGUUCCUGUUCGUAGUGGAUCGCUCUGGCAGCAUGGAAUGCCCCAUGCACCUUGGGUCUGGGUCACAGGACCGUAUUAGCAGUGCCAGGGAAACUCUGCUGCUCUUGCUGAAAAGCCUGCCCAUGGGCUGCUACUUCAACAUCAUCGGCUUUGGGUCCAGUUAUGAGUCCUUCUUUCCUAAGAGUGUGGAGUACAGCCAGAAGACUAUGGAUGAGGCUCUGCAGAAGGUGAAGGGAAUGAGGGCUGACCUGGGAGGUACAGAGAUCCUCCAGCCUUUAAAACAUAUCUACAGCCAGCCCUGCCUCCCCGACCAGCCCAGACAGCUCUUCUUGUUCACUGACGGUGAGGUGGGGAACACCAAGGAAGUCCUGGAUCUGGUGAAGACGAAUGCCGGUUCUCACAGGUGUUUCUCCUUUGGGAUCGGGGAGGGGGCCAGCACUGCUCUCAUUUCUGGGGUGGCCAAGCAGGCCAGAGGGCACGCACAGUUUAUCACAGGACAGGACAGGAUGCAGCCCAAAGUGAUGCAGUCUCUCCGGUUUGCCCUGCAGCCAGCUGUGGUGGACAUCUCAGUCAAGUGGAAUGUCCCAAAGGAGGUGUCUGUCACCCUUCUGUCUCCACCAAUCAGAGUGGUCUUCCAGGGUCAAAGGGCGCUUCUGUAUGCCCAGCUCACUGGGGAGAGCUCGGGGGACACAGAGGGCUCGGUGACAGUGAAGUACAGCCUGGCCAAGCAGCCUGUUGAGAACCAGCUGAGCUUCAGUCUUAAGCCUGCAGAGGACACUGGAAUGACCGUCCACAGGCUGGGUGCUCGAACCCUAAUCCAAUCCCUGGAGGUGGAAGAGAGGGAGCAGGAUGGUGAAAAGGAGGGUGCGAAAGAGAAGGUGAUAGAGCUCAGCGUCCAAUCAGGAGUGAGCAGUGCCUUUACUGCCUUCAUCGCUGUCCACAAAGGAGAUGGAGAGGCCCUGCAAGGACAGCUGCUACGCAGACAUGUCCCCACACCAAUGUUGUAUCACAGCUCCAUGCUCAUGAUGCAGCAGUGUGCUAUGCCCAUGUUGAUGGCGUGUAGUCUGAGAAGUGUCCCAGGCAAGUUAAAGUUGAGCAAAAAGAGCAAACGUAAAGCUUUGGAUGAUUUAGAAGUAUUCGGCUAUGACUACAACUGUUCUGAAGACUUUGACUCUCCAGCCUCAACCUCUAAACCUGUGAGGGACCCUCUCCUCCAGCUGAUCUCCCUUCAGAAGGCCUCUGGUUCCUGGGUCCUGGAGGCAGCAUUGGCUGAGGUGCUGGUGAAGACAGAGGAGGAGGUGUCCAAGCCAAAGCCUGCACAGGUGGACCAGGAGGUGUGGGCCACGGUUCUAGCCCUGGUAUGGCUCUAUGGUUUCAAGAUGGAGGCUCAGGAGGAGUGGCAGUUUCUUGCCAUGAAGGCAGUAUCAUGGAUUCAGGCUCAGAAAGUGGCCAGUGUGUCUGAGUGUGUCCAGGCUGGAAACACCCUUCUGGGUUGCCAAGUGCAGAAAGACACCCUGGGGCUCUGACAUGUUCACCCUCCCAGUCCUCAAUCUGUCCCCCAUACGCCUGCUACUCUACCUAGGGUGAGAUUUUCACACAACCCUGCCUGCUCCUAGCCCCCUACUCCAAGCAAACUGGUGGAGCUAGCAACUGUAUCCGCCUAAACAAGCCUAAUUAUCAACCUCUUACCUAUAUCAGCCUAUUGUCAUUUACUGUUGGGACACUUGUGUAUCUCAAUGUAUUGGUUGUUAUUAACAUAUCACCAUUCAUCUAAGUGCUACGUAUACAGCUAAACUUGUUUAGACUUUGCUUUGGUUAUCAAUUCCAUAUAGACUACUGGAAACCAUGUGUAUGCAGUACUUGUCAUCACUAACCAAAAUGCUUGGUAAAAGGCCUUAUUAUUGUAUGUAUGCAUUAUCCACGUAUAUGAGGCCAAAUGCAUGCAGGGAGAAGUUGUGGAUAAUAUGAAAAGCCAGAUGAGUGCCUAUCUGGGUGCCUUUACUGUGUGAUCAUGUAACACUGUCUCUGUAUUCAUGUAAUUCCUCAUAUACAUUACCGUAAAAAAAUUUGGGGUCACUUAAAUAUUUUCAUAUUUUUUAAAAGAAAAGCACAUUUUUGUCCAUUUAAAUAACAUCAAAUUGAUCAGAAAUACACUGGAAUAACACAUGGAAUCAUCUAGUUACCAUAAGUGUUAAACAAAUCACAAUGUGAGAUUCUUCAAAGUAGCCACCCUUUGCCUUGAUGACAACUUUGCAAACUCUUGGCGUUCUCUCAACCAGCUUCACCUGGAAUGCUUUUCCAACAGUCUUGAAGGACUUCUCACAUAUGCUGAGCACUUGUUGGCUGCUUUUCCUUCACUCUGCGGUCCAACUCAUCCCAAACCCUCUCAAUUUGGUUGAGGUCUGGGGAUUUUGGAGGCCAGAUCAUCUGAUGCAUCACUCUCCUCCUUGUUAAAAUAGCCCUUACACAGCCUGGCGGUCUGUUGGGUCAUUGUGCUGUUGAAAAACAAAUGAUAGUCCCACUAAUCCCAAACCAGAUGGGAUGGCGUAAACAGCAUUCUGCAGCGAUAAGUGUUUCUUAAAUUCUAAAUAAAUCAGUGUCACCAGCUGGGAAAUGACUGACAACACAGCUCUUAGCUCCCUCAGUGGAUGCCUACUGGAGAACUUAUUUGUAUUGCUUUUAAUCUUAUUAACACUGUUCUAGCUAGCUAUUUCUGUAGGUAGCUAUCAAGUAAACCCACCCCCACAUCAUAACACCUCCUCCAUGCUUUACGGUGGGAAAUACACAUGCAGAGAUCAUCCGUUCACCCACACAGCGUCUAACAAAGACAAUCCAGACCAAAGGACAAAUUUCCACCUGUCUUAUGUCCAUUGCUCGUGUUUCUUGGCCCAAGCAAGUCUCUUCUUCUCAUUGGUGUUCUUUAGUAGUGAUUUCUUUGCAGCAAUGUGACCAUGAAGGCCCAAUUCACACAGUAUCCUCUGAACAGUUGAUGUUGAGAUGUGUCUGUUACUUGAACUCUGAAGCUUUUAUUUGGGCUGCAAUUUCUGAUGUUAACUCUAAUUAACUUAUCCUCUGCAGCAGAAGUAACUCUGGGUCUUCCAUUCCUGUGGUGGUCCUCAUGAGAGCCAGUUUCAUCAUAGCGCUUAGUUUUUUUGCGACUGCACCCCCCACCCCCCACCUUGUCACAACACAACUGAUUGGCUCAAAUGCAUUAAGAAGGAAAGAAAGUCCACAAAUUAACUUUUAACAAGGCACACCUGUUCAUUGAAAAUCAUUCCAGGUGACUACCUCAUGAAUCUGGUUGAGAGAAUGCCAAGAGUGUGCAAAGCUGUCAUCAAGGCAAAGGGUGGCGACUUUGAAGAAUCUCAAAUAUAUUUAGAUUUGUUUAACACUUUUUUUGGUUACUACAUGAUUCCAUAUGUGUUAUUUCAUAGUUUUGAUGUCUUCACUAUUAUUCUACAUUGUUGAAGAUAGUCAAAAUAAAGAAAAAACAUGAAUGAGUAGGUGUUCUAAAACUUUUGACAGGUAUCGUAUGACUUUACUUGAUAAAAAUGGAUAAUAAUCUACA